AAUUUUUCAAUUAACUCUCUACCACAUAUUUUGACUGGAACCGAUUCUAAACACGACGGGUCAAAAUGAGUGGCAAUAGCGAAUUAAAGAGGUCUCGGGCGCAAGCUACAGACUCGAAAGUGCCUUCGAAAGAUACCGAGUCCGCCGUCGAACCGCCUACCAAGAAAGCCCGAAUUGAGGAGAGCAAGUCUCUCUUCGUACGAUCGCUUCCUCCCACGACUACAACUGAGACACUGACCGAUUUCUUCUCUCAACACUUUCCAGUGAAGCAUGCUACCGUUAUUCUUGAUCCCCAGACCAAACUCUCUCGUGGCUACGGCUUUGUUACUUUCACCGAUGCCGAUGAUGCUAAGGAGGCGAAAGAAAAGCUUAGUAAACAAAAGCUAGAUGGUCGUCCCCUCGUAUUGGAGAUUGCGGAGCCUCGACACCGUCAAUCAGCUUCCGAGUCAGCCGGUGUUGUUGCAAGGAAGGCCGAGAGGCAAGAAAUGCUGGCUGAGGCUCGUAAAGCCCCCAAGCUGAUUGUGCGGAAUCUUCCUUGGAGCAUCAAAACCUCAAACCAAUUAGCCGCAUUGUUCCAAAGCUUUGGAAAAGUUAAGUAUUCAGACCUUCCUAAUGCCAAAGGAAAACUGUCCGGAUUUGGCUUCGUCACAAUGCGAGGCCGAAAGAAUGCGGAGCGGGCUAUAGAAGCAGUCAACGGAAAAGCUGUUGAUGGUAGAACCUUAGCCGUUGAUUGGGCCGUCGACAAGAAGACGUGGGAAGACCAGAAGCACCAGCAAGGAGAUGACGAUGCCACGCAAAAACGUACUAAGCCCACGAAUUUGGACGGUUCGUUAAAAGACGACGAUGCUAACUUAAGCGAAGUGCAUGAAAGUCAGGGCGAAAAGAGAAAUGAGGAUGACGAUGAGGAGGAUGAAGACCUGAAAAAUUUCAUGAAGAAUCAUAUGGAAAAUCUCGAGGAAGAAGAUAGUAGUGCCGACCCGGAAGAGGCUGGUUCUGAUGAAGUGAUUGAGGAUGAGGGUGAGGAUGAGGAUGCAUCAGAAAGCAAGCCUGCCCCCAAGAAGCCUCUUAUGACAGAUAACAACUCGACCGUUUUUAUCCGGAACCUACCCUUCACGACGACAGACGCAGAGCUGAAGUCUCACUUCGAACAAUUUGGACGGAUACGCUAUGCCCGUAUAGUCGUUGAUCGAGCGACUGAUCGAGCGGCAGGCACGGGUUUCGUUUGUUUUACCAGCGAAACCGAUCUCAAGGAGUGCCUGAAGGGUGCGCCACGCGCUCAGAAAUCCGCGAUAGCAAACAAGAAGUCAAUCCUGCAAAACGAAUUGGCUGACGAGCAAGGCAAGUAUACUAUCGAUGGUCGCAUCCUUCAGGUGUCUCAGGCCGUAAGUAAAGAUGAAGCGAGCCGCCUCGCGGAGACAGGAGCUGCCGUCCGGCAAGGCAAGGACAGAGACAAACGUCGACUAUACUUGCUAUCCGAAGGGACCGUCAUGCAGGAUUCACCCCUGUACGCAAUGCUUGCCCCCUCGGAAAUCAAGAUUCGCGAACAGAGUACUACCCAACGAAAAAAGCUCAUUCAAAGUAACCCGAGUCUGCACCUAAGCCUUACCCGCCUGGCAAUCCGCAACAUCCCUCGUAACAUGGAUUCAAAGAAACUUAAGGCUUUGGCUCGCGAAGCCGUCGUUGGUUUCGCUCGGGAUGUAAAGGAAGGCCGUAGACAGCCGCUCUCUAAAGAAGAAACCGCCCGCGGCGGCGAGGAGGACAAGGAGGCCGAGCGCCGGCGUAAGGAGAAGGGGAAGGGGAUUGUUAAGCAGGCAAAAAUAGUAUUUGAGAAUAAAGAGGGGUCAAAGGUCCCCGAGGUGGACGGUGCUAGCAAGAGUCGAGGUUAUGGUUUCGUCGAGUAUUCCUCGCACCGGUGGGCACUCAUGGGCUUGCGAUGGCUGAACGGGCACGCUCUGGAUAACGCGACUGGGAAAACACAACGCCUCAUAGUCGAAUUUGCUAUCGAGAACGCGCAGGUUGUGGCGAGGCGGCAGGACUUACAAGCAAAACAACAGAUGCGAGGCAGCCAGCGCUCUGACGAACAAAAUACAAAGGCGUCUAGUACUAGGCCCAAGGGAAAAGACUUUUCUGUAUCGAAGGGUAGGCGGCAGGCAGCGAGGGAAGAAAAUGAAAUAGUGAACAACAAACCUGAUACAGCUGGCGGGGAGGGUUCUGCUCGGGAUACCCUGCAGCAGAAGAUCAUCGCGAGGAAACGGAUGGUGCGGAAAAAGAAGGCACAAAGUCGCCGGUGAAACUUGGUCGCCCGCAUGUCACUACAAGGCAUCCAACUAUAAUUGAGGAAAGUUCCCUAGGGUGUCCUAAGUAGAGGCUUUGGUAAUCUUUUGUUGCUAUGACGUUAUGGGCAUGCCUCAGGGUCAUGCUAUAGUAUUCGGAG